AUGCGUUCAAUGAAGGACAGGUUUCUCUUGAUUUUCUAUCGUGAUGUUAUCCUUCUUCUUCUAACAUGGCAUUGUGGAGGUCAGUUUCAGAUUAUUGGUCCAACUCAACCAUUGGUUGCAAUUACAGGGGAUGACAUCAUUUUACCAUGCCAGCUAGAUCCAGCUAGGGAUGCUGUUGACUUGACUGUGGAAUGGUCUAGACGUGACCUUAAACCAAGAUUUGUCCACUUAAAGCGGGACGAUGCGGAGCUCGUGACUCAGAAUACUUUAUACUCCAGAAGAACAUCACUGUCUGUCAACAAACUGAAAUGCGGUGACAUUUCAUUGAAACUCUCCAAAGUGCAAGUCUCUGAUGCAGGAAUGUAUAAAUGCCUUGUUCCUGAAAUUGGUGCAGAAACUGGGAUGGAGCUCGUUGUUGGUUCUGUUUCUUCUGUAGUCAUGGAAAUAUCCAAAGUCAAAAAUGAAAUCUUCUUUAAAUGCAAAUCUAACGGCUGGUAUCCAGAGCCUCACGUGUUUUGGCUGAACAGUCAGGGAAACCAAAUCACAGCUGAAUCUACAAACACACUGUGA